AUGGGCGACUUCCGUGUGACGGGCUCCACCAGCAUCUGCUUGCUGGUACUCUCCACGAUCGUCAGAGAUGUGUUUAGUACCGGAAUGGGAAGAUGUCCUAUUUUCCCUCAGAUACCCAACUUUGAUAUUAAAAAGAUGACCGGCAAAUGGUACGAAGUAGAGCGAUCUUUCUACCUAAUGGAAAUGUCGGCAAGCUGUACAGAACUUGACGUCGACUUGAAUGAACGUGGCUAUUUGCUCAUCACAAUCAACACCACGAAUAGAUGGACGGGUAGUCCGUCAACAACAUAUGGUGUGGGCAUCGUGAGUCACACGGGUGCAUCAUCAUUUCGCUAUCGCUUGAACAACAGAAUGCCGUAUGUCAUUGGACGACUGUUACCUGGCGCGGGACAGUACAACAUUCUAGCAACUGACUACGAUCAGUUUGCGCUCAUCUGGUCCUGUACAAGUGUCAGUAUCGCUCAUUCGGACCGUAUGUGGGUGCUGGGGCGACGACGCGAAAUCGAGGCAAACGUUCGUGCGCAGAUCUACGCAGUGCUGCAGCAGCUGGGGCUCGAUCCCGAUCGUCUUAUGCUCUCCAAGAACAGCAAUUGUACCGAUUCCUACAUAAACAUUGUUAAUUAG